GCCCGGACUAGAGGGCCAGCUGCUGAGCCGCAGUCCCAGCCGCCGGCAUGAUUCCCCCUGCUGACUCUCUGCUCAAGUAUGAUACCCCGGUGUUGGUGAGCCGGAACACUGAGAAACGGAGCCCCAAAGCUCGGCCUCUGAAAGUCAGCCCCCAGCAGCCUGGACCCUCAGGUCCAGUCCCACAGCCGCCCAAAGCCAAGCUCCCCUCAACUUCCUGUAUCCCAGAUCCUACAAAGCAGGCAGAAGAAAUCUUGAAUGCCAUCCUGCCCCCAAGGGAGUGGGUGGAGGACACGCAGCUAUGGAUCCAGCAGGUGUCCAGCACCCCCAGCACCAGGAUGGACGUGGUGCACCUCCAGGAGCAGCUGGACCUGAAGCUGCAGCAGCGGCAAGCCAGGGAGACGGGCAUCUGCCCUGUCCGCAGGGAGCUCUACUCACAGUGUUUUGAUGAGCUGAUCCGGGAGGUGACCAUCAACUGUGCAGAGAGGGGGCUGCUGCUACUGCGAGUCCGGGACGAGAUUCGCAUGACCAUCGCUGCCUACCAGACCUUGUACGAGAGCAGCGUGGCGUUUGGCAUGAGGAAGGCGCUGCAGGCUGAGCAGGGGAAGUCAGACAUGGAGAAAAAAAUCGCAGAACUGGAAAUGGAAAAGAGAGACUUGGAGAGGCAAGUGAACGAGCAAAAGGCAAAAUGUGAGGCCACUGAGAAGCGGGAGACCGAGCGGCGACAGGUGGAAGAAAAGAAGCACAAUGAGGAGAUUCAGUUCCUGAAGCGGACAAAUCAGCAGCUGAAGGCCCAACUGGAAGGCAUUAUUGCACCAAAGAAGUGAUAAUUUCCAUAUGGGUCUCAGCGAAUACUACCACCCCAUCACAAGCCCUUUGUAAUAAAAAGCUAGUUUCCUGAGUGAACAAGCCAUCCCCUCCCCUGACCACCACCUACACAUUUGUCAGAAGUCACACUAUUGCCCCAGUGUCAUGGGACACCUACAGUCUGGCAACCAGGCUCCUGGUUAGGCAAGAGGGUGGCGUGACCCUGAUAGUCUCGGUAUGCAACUUGUGGGCCAACCAGGAGAUUCGCCAACUCAAAUAGUAAGACUGAGAAGGAACUGCUUUCCCAUCUCAUCCACCAUCCAUGUGUGGCCAAAGGAAGCUACUCCUGUCUCUCAAAUGUCUAGUUCACAGGUUCCCUUGUAUCCUAACUGGGGCUUCUCUGGCCUCGGUCAUUCCAUUUUCAUUCCUAACCAAUGCAGUUUUGGUAACUCAUUUUGGAGCUUUGGUUUUCUGCUGUAUGGUCUCAUCCCCACCCACCACAUCAACUGGAUCUCUUCCUCAGUCUAAGAGGUCAGGGAACAGCGGCAGCGGCAGACCCAGGCUGCGGAGGAAGUAAAUGUUUGCUGGAAAGGAAUCCAAGUCCCAGUGUCCUUUGUGAGCUGUCCACACCUCAGCUCCUCCCUCCCAUAGACAUCGUUCACCUUAUUCUGCAGAAAAUUGAACUCUGACUCCACAUCCCCAUAGUUACCUGUUUAAACAACUGGAGAGGUAACCGUCUCUUGUAUGCAGUUUCUAUUACUUUGUGUGUGUGUGCGUGUGCAUGUGCAUGGUACUGGGGACUGAACCCAGGGGUGCUCUACCACUGAGCUAGUCUUUUAAAAUUUUGAGGCAGGGUCUCACUAAGUUGCUGAGGCUGGCUUCGAACUUGCAAUCCCCCUGCUUCAGCCUCCCAAGUGGCUGGGAUUACAACCAUAUGCCACUGUGCCCAGGGGCCAUGCUAAUUAUUAAUGACCAGAGUAAAGCCUGCAGACAGCUUCUGUAAACCCAGAGGAUUGAAUUAGUGACACAAAUCCUUAAUUCUGGGCAGACCAGGGCAGCAAGCCAGGUGACAUCCAUCAUGCAGUUUCCCAAGUCUGGUUCCUUAGGAAGGCACUACCAUUUCACAGGGUUGAAAUGCCACUCAGUAUCCCUUGAAGUGCAAGGACAGACUGACUCCUUGGCAGAGCUCUAACAUAACACCCUUCCCGAUUAGGGCUUCGAGGCUCACUGGGAAAACUAGUCCCACAAGAGCUGUGUUCCUAGAGCACACCCCACCACUCUAAUCUCAGGUUGCAAGUCACAGCUUUGACCCGUACCCAGUGUCUUGAGGAAUUAUAAGUCCACUCAAGUGACCUGCCUGUGCUGCCAUCUUCAUGGGAAAGAACUCCAUUCCCUGAGAUCUGUGGUCCCAUGACUCAUGACAGCAAAGCAUGCAUGUCCUAAAUGGGUCCACUUAAUGAGGGACAAAAGUUGCCAGAGCUUUUUCCUCAUAUCUUAAAGUACGGCCAGGUAUACCAAACAUCCUUGAAACACGCUACAGCUCUAUGAGCUUCCACACAUGCUGUUGCCUGGCAGUUCAAAGGAAAUACCACUCUGCAGAUCCCAGAUCCCAUUUCAGCACAGCCAGAGGCACACUCUGGAGGAACUCAGAGCUGACUCAAGUGUUUGGAGAGGUCAAUGGACUUGACGAUGGAACUCAGUAGGGCUGAGGGCUUUAUUUUCACCGGCACCAGUGAAUGGCUGCAUCUGUCAAGCCUCAGAACACAUGCACUGUGUCCUUAGAAAUGCCAAGUGGGCAUGAAGAAAAUGACUACAAUUUCUAAUUGUAUAUUUUUGUAUAAUAUAAUUUAAUAAACAUUUUUUUACAUGUUA